AUGAUCUUCCUGUGGGGAUCGGCUGCGUUCACGCUAACGUCGGUGAUACCGCCUUUUAUCACGGAGGAGAUUGCGUUUGAUGUGUUGCGUGGAUUGCAGGGUCUUGCGGCUGCGGCUAUGGCACCGACGGCGCUGGGGAUCUUGGGGAAUACGUUUCCCCCUGGCAAGGCAAAGGAUAUUGCGUUUGGGUGCUUUGGGGCUGGCGCGCCAUUGGGUAGUAGGUCCAUUUCGACUAUUGGGGACUGCAAGAAGAGGAGUUUGUCUUUCUGA